AUGAAGCACUGGCCGUUCAAGGUCACCAAGGGCGAGGCCGACAAGCCGAAGCUGAACGUCGAGUUCAAGGGCGAGCAGAAGAGCUUCAGCCCCGAGGAGAUCUCGUCGAUGGUGCUGACCAAGAUGAAGGAAACCGCGGAAGCCUUCCUCGGUCACGCCGUCAAAGAUGCGGUCAUCACCGUCCCCGCCUACUUCAACGACAGCCAACGCCAGGCUACUAAAGACGCCGGAGCCAUCGCUGGAUUAAACGUUCUGCGCAUCAUUAAUGAGCCGACGGCUGCAGCCAUUGCUUACGGACUCGACAAGAAGGCCAGCGGGGAACGCAACGUGCUGAUUUUCGAUCUUGGAGGCGGUACCUUCGAUGUAUCUAUCCUCGCCAUCGACAACGGCAUCUUCGAGGUGAAAUCGACGGCCGGAGAUACUCAUCUUGGUGGAGAGGACUUUGACAACCGGAUGGUCAACCACUUUGUCGAGGAGUUCAAGCGCAAGAACAAGAGGGACCUCACUACCAAUCCGCGAGCCCUCCGACCCCGGAUGAGGCUGUGGCUUAUGGAGCUGCUGUUCAGGCCGCCAUCCUGUCCGGCGACAAAGAUGAGACCGUCUAGAGCCUGUUGCUCAUCGACGUCGCCCCCUGUCGCUCGGAAUCGAGACCGCCGGUGGAGUGAUGACGCCGCUGAUCAAGGAAACGCCACCAUCCCCACCAAGGCCACCCAGACGUUCACCACCUAUGCCGACAACCAGCCCGGCGUGUUGAUUCAGGUCUUCGAAGGUGAGCGCGCCAUGACCAAGGACAACAACCACCUCGGCAAGUUCGAGCUGUCCGGCAUUCCGCCGGCUCCUCGGGGCGUGCCCCAAAUCGAAGUCACCUUCGACAUCGAUGCGAAUGGAAUUCUCAACGUCACCGCCGCCGACAAGUCGACCCGGCAAGCAGAACAAGAUCACGAUCACGAACGA